AUGUCUGCUGCCAGACCUCUUUUCAACUCGUCACCCUCUCUUCUUCCCCCUAUUCCACUCUAUCGCCGUAUUCUUCGCAUUCACCGCGUGCUCCCACCAUUACACCGCUCCCUCGGUGACGAUUAUGUCAAAUCAGAGUUCCGUCGCCACAAAGAUAUCGUCAACCCUGUCCAUAUUGUAGGAUUUCUUGGACAGUGGCAAAAUUAUUUGGAAGAAUUAGAAAGACAGACAGCAAAUAAAGAUAAUUGGGGAAAGCAAAUUAGCGAAGAUUUAUUGGAUAAGUUCUCUCACGAACAGAUCGGACAGUUAUAUGCAUUGAAAAAUGAAGCAAAUAAUAAUAUUAGUCAGGAGGAGAGCGAAAGUGAAAGCGACGCACACGUUACAAACACGAGAAGUAGAGAAGAGAAGAGUGAGCAGUGA